AUGGCGUCGUCUGCCGAGCAAGAUCCAGCUCAUUCCUUGGAAGCUCACACAGAACUGGUCAGCUGGAUUCUGAACCAGGGUGGCUCCCUGAAUGACUGUGUGCGUGUUGCGCAGGAUGCCUCGCGAGGUGUCCAUAUUCAAGUCAAGGAUGAUUGGCCUCAUCCCAUCAGUCCGGAGACGAAGGUGCUGAGCACGCCGAUUGGAGUGACAAUGUCAUAUUUUAAUGCCAUUGGAUUUCAGUCGCCUCAGGCGUCCUUUCCGCAGCAUGGCGUCGAGUUACCACGGGCUUUCAUGGAUGCAGUGGCGGUUGAGGAGACAACCACCUUUUUCUUGAUGGGCCAAUUCCUGCGUGGAGCCGAAGGCUUUUGGUAUCCCUAUCUCAGGACCCUACCGCAGCCCGGAGACUUGACUACGCCGCUGUUCUUUGAUGAGGAGGAUGUGGACUGGAUCCAGGGUACCGGUAUACCGGAAGCGUCCGUGCAGCGGUACGAGGUCUGGGAUGAGAGAUACGAACAGUGCAUCUCCAAACUAAAAGAAGUGGGCUUUGAGGGUCUUGAAGAGUAUACAUGGGAUUUGUAUCUCUGGGCUUCGACCAUGAUCUCUUCUCGGGCGUUCUCACCCAAAGUGCUUUCCAGUGUCGUGGAAGCCUCAAGACUCGGAGAAGACAGCGGAGUUUCUGUAUUCUUGCCCCUGAUUGACCUCCCUAAUCACCGCCCGCUGGCCAAGGUGGAAUGGCGUGCAGGAUCCUCGGAUGUCGGGAUGGUCGUACUGGAGGAGAUUGGGCCAGGCCAGGAGAUAUCCAACAACUAUGGUCCUCGCAAUAAUGAACAAUUGUUGAUGAAUUACGGGUUCUGCCUUCUGAACAAUCCAACCGACUACCGGAUCAUCAAAUUAGGCGUGAGGCCAGACAGUCAUCUGAGCCAAGCCAGGAGCCGCCAGAUUGAGAUGUUCCCAGAAACAGCAAAUCAAAAGGAAGACCAUUACUACAUCUUCAGUGUCUAUUACCCCCUUCUUGGACCAAACACCGCCAUGGAACAUUCCAUCUUCUCGCCUGCGCUAUUCAACUCACUGAUGAUCAUGCACGCGAACGAUCGGGAACGCAAACAUCUUCAGAUCUCGGAAUCAUCCAUGUCGAUCCCCUCGAGUUAUGGGAACGGACACAGCUUGCUUGCUGCAUUAUCACAGAUCUGUUUCGAACUCAUCUCACAUAUCAUGACCCUGGAGGCUAGCGCACCAGAUCAUCAGCAAAAGCCCGCGAAUUUAAAACAAACCUUCGCGCAGAUAUACCGCAACAGUCUUCUCACGCUCGAUAAGGCUGCCCUUGUUGUUGCAACAUGGACGCUGAAGCGUGCACGGGAACACGAAAGAGGUGAAACUUGGGAAGACGUGAAGACCAUGUUAAACGAGCACCUCGGACAGAUUCCCGAAGACCAAUUCUCAGCAGAAGCAUUGUCCAGAGUGCGUGUUCGCAUCUUGGAACGCGAGUCACUGCUCAAGCAGAACGGACAACUAUUCCGCCUCGGCGAGUUAUUCAAUCUACUGCCCAUGGAAAUGCAAGCACCAAGUCGCGACUGGUUCAACAAUGUGCUCGGGCAAGCCAGCCAGUCAAUUCCGGCCUUGCAAACAAGUCCCAAAGCUCUCUUCGCUCUGGUUCUUACAUUACUUGUAGCCACCGGCCGAUCACCGCUAGCGCGGCCACAUUUGUCUUUGCGCUUUACGCGGUGGAUUGACUUUUUGGUUGAACAGUAUCCAUUACCCGGAAAAGGUGCUGUUGACAAUGACGAACUCUUGCGGGACAUGAAUGACUUUGUUCAUGGGGGAAGUGUCUACGCUUUAACAAGCCAGGCCGGAGUGGACUGGCUGUCUGAUGUGGACGGAUGGAUGGAUCAGAGCUGGCUGGCAUGGGCGAUGAAUGUGGCUGAAUCCGAGAUGGUUCUCAUUCCACACGAGCCAUUGCAGGUCUUGGCCAUUGAGAAUCCCGGCCUACCAAAGCUUGGAUGUCUAUACGUGCCACAGGUCUAG